AUGACUGAAAUUGUCAAGGAGUACUAUUGCCAAGAUUUUAGACCCCCCCUUUUCCCCCUCUUCCCUUCGGUGAAACUUGCCUACACUUUCUAUAGAGCAGUGGUAUCAGCAAUUGUGAAGAAUGGUUCUAAGACAGGAUACACAACAUUUUUACUUAGUGGUCCAGAAUUUCUCAAGAAUGACAUUCGCAUUACAUCUGAUCUUGAUGCUCUUGGAGCUUUGGGUGAUACUGGGUGGUAUUGCACCAGGGCAAUCUUAUGGGCUAAUGAAUAUGAAUUGCCUAAAAGAGUAACAGCUUUGCCUGAGCCUGAAUACAAUGAAGCAUGUGUGAUUCUAUCUUGCGGUGCUCUAUUACGUUGGACAAAUGGGAAAACAACAACCUUCUAUUGCUCUUUCCUAACUAAUUUGACCAUGGACAUAACAUCUCUUGGAAUUGGAACAAAUGGAUAUCUGCGUGUUCAUGAUUUUGUUAUUCCUUUUCAACAGAAAGGUGCACCAUUUUAUGAGGCCUCGAACUCGAGGUUUGCAAAACUCUCUAUAGAGAUUGAACCUGUACCAAGUGAGCAUGUGAUCGAUACAGAUCUUCCUUAA